CAAGUGAAGCGUCACACAGACGUAGACGAUCUUUGUUACAAACAUGGCAGCGCGCAUGUGAAUGUCAUGCCAUUUUAAUCUAUUCCCUGAUUCGAAUGAAUGUUUGGGCAUGCUUACGUUAAAGCUGACGCGUAAGUUACAUCUUGCAGAAUUGUGGUUUGAUUCACCUCGGACAGCUAAGCCGUAACUUAGCUAUUUGAUUCAUUAGCUGACCAGCUCUCAAUGUUAGCAUUUUAGCAACUAGCUAAUUAGCAGUCAUCUCUACGAUGGAUCCUGACCAACAACUGAGAAAUCUGCGGGAUUUCCUUUUGGUUUACAACCGCAUGACUGAAACUUGCUUCCAGCGAUGCAGCAGCAACUUCAACUACAGAAACCUUACCAUGGACGAGGAGCGAUGCGUGGACAGCUGUGCGGGGAAACUGAUCCGCUCUAACCACCGCCUGAUGAGCACCUAUGUGCAGCUGAUGCCUCGGAUGGUGCAGCGUCGGAUGGAGGAGAUAGAGAGCAAGGCUGCAGAAAAUGCCAAGGCAGCAGAGGCAGCUGCUUCUGCAUAUGUGGAGCCCCCUGCCACAGAGGCCUCACCAGCAUCUCAGACCCCCAUCACCUUAUCGCCACCCCCACAAGUACCUCCACUGCUAGAUCAACCUUUUACCUCAAUGACGAUUGAUGAUGUCGGAGUCGGACCAGAGGCCCAUGGCUCAGUCUUAAAGUCAGCAGGAUCAGAUAUUCCAGUUGAGUUAGACACUGCCGUUUCCAAAUACACAACAGGCCCAGAAGUUAAAUUAUCAGCUGCCUCCCCACUCACACCUGCGAUUGAAACCGUGAAUCUCUCAAUGCUUAAUGAAGCUGGCAAUGGACCAUCUUAUAAAGCAAGCUUUGCUCAGCCGCCGAUAGCUGGUGCCCAAAUUGAGUCUGAGAUCUCAGCGCCUGUGUUUAUGACAUCUAAACCAAUGUCUUUAUCAGGAGAUGUGCCUGUGUCAACAGUAGCUGCACCUACAGUGUCCAAAUCCAUUGAAAGCCUGUCGGGCCAAGAGAGAGCCCCAGAGGUUCCCCCGCCGUCAGGCCAGUAAUGACGGCCAUUCUGGGUCUGGCCCUGACUCCCACCACAAACAACCCACGUCUGAUGAGUAACUCAAAUGUGAGAUUCUCCGUAUUUCUGAAAAGAAUACUUGAUGAAUAACGUUUUCUGGCUACAGUCUCUCAAAUGUGAGCAUUUGAUGCUUUUCUGUUUUCAUAUUGUAAAUUAAAAAUGUUUUGAGGUUUGACAAAACCAGCAACUUGAAGACUUCACAUUAGACUCUGUUGACUUGUGCAGGUAUUGUCAUUAUUUCUUUUUUUUUUUUAUAAAUCAAACAAUUGAUAAUGAAAAAAACUUAACUUGCAGCUUUAGAUAUAUAUAUAUAGAUAGAUAGUGUGUAAAUUCUAUAUCCAUUCAAGUACAACAGGCAACACAAUAUAUCAAAAAUAGAAAGUCAUUACUUAACUAUACAUAGACACUAGUAAAAGACUUGAAGACAAGUUAAAGUUGAAAACUGUCCAUACAGACAAAAAUAUAUAUUUCUGACAGUAUUGUGAAGUGUCAAAAAUGGUAAUAACAAAAAACAUAUUUGGAGCAUCCCAGAGUGCUCAAUCUAAUGACCCACUGAACACACUCCUGCUAUUUGUUUUGAAAUGUGACACAGUAAAUGCACACAUUGGAUAAUGUUCAUUAAUAAAAAUGAGAGUAUUCCUUACUUUUUUUCACGUGUUCUUUAUUUUAAAUGCCCCAUUGACAAACGCUUGUAUUUGUUGUUUGAAAACAUUAAAGGCCCUCCUACUGCGAUGGCCUAACGCACCAGUGA